ACGUUUUUAGUACAGCGUUGGCGGGCAUAAGCGACGGAUUUCAAGACAACUAGACACACGGUAAUACGCAAAGUUUUAAACAAAAGAAAUAAAACUAAACUAAAAUUUAUUUUUGCAAAAUAACAAACUAAAAAAAAGAAUUGUUUAAUAAAAAAAACCACAACAAUAAACACACGUUUUUAGUAAAUAUCUGAAAAAAGCAUAAAAAGAAACAGAUUUAAAACAAAGUGAAUGUGAGCAAAACGGUAGACUUUAAAAGAUUUAAAGUUAAAAAGCCUUAAACAAAAUAUAAUAAUUAAAUUAAUACAAAGAAAUAAAAAGAAUUAUUAUUGAUCAGCUUUUUUUAAAAAAAAAAAAUAAAAGAAACAGUAACAAAAAACAAUAAUUAUAAAAGAAUCAUUAGUGAGCAAGGAAAGCAAAAAAUAUAAUAAAAGGAAUAAAAGUAGCAAACAAAAAUAUAUAAAAAAAGUGGAAAAAAGUGUAUAACACUUUAGACGAGAUCUCAAGCAGAACCAGUCUAAACAAAAGCACAAAUGAUGUCAGUUGUGGCUGAAGUAUGGAAGCAUCAUCAUCAACACCAUUACCAACCACAGCUCUGAAACCACACUAGGCUUACAAUACCAAUAAUAUUUAAUAACAAUUUAUACAAAAAAACAACGACUUUUACAAAUAAAAUUAAAACAAAAACAAAAAGAGAGAGAAUAAAAAAUCUGUCAUAUAUAAAAAAAUUGUUGAGCUUGAAUUGCAUUAAAAAAAAGUAAGCGUUAAAGCUUAAACCUGAAAAUCAUAAAGAAUAAAUAUAAAAAUCAAGUAUAUUUGUUUUGUUGUUUUAUGCAUUCAAGUAGAAUUUAAAACAAAUUAAAAAAAUAAGUAAUUAAAAUUCUCAAAUAAAUUGAAAUGAAUUUAAUUUCAAUUUAAAUAAAGAUUAUAAAGUAGCAAAAUAGUGAAUGUUUUCUUAGUUCAACAGUUUUAGCUGGCCAAAAUUAGUGUGUUUCCGGCCACAAAAAAACAAGUUGAUUUUGGUUUAAAAUUGAUUUUGAUUGUUUUAAGCUUUCAUUUAUUAAAUUCAAACCUUAACAUCAAUAAACUCAAAAAUAUUUUACAAGAAAUAUUAAUUAAAUUAGAGCGUGAAAAAUUUCUUUUUCAUAUGAAAAGAAUCUACCAAAACAGUAGCCAAAGCUACUUUAUGAAAACUACUACUACAACAACAGCAGCAGCCACAAAAAGUAAUAAAAUCAUAAUUUAUGAUAAUAAAUUAAAACAACAGACAUAAAAUUGAAAAUAAACACAGCAAAACAGCGAAACUAGAAAAAAACUCAUAAAUAAAACAUAUAAAUUAAAUUAACGAAAUAAAAAUAGAAAAAGAAAUUCUUGUUUUCUGCUACACAAAAGAAAGAAAAUUAAACACAGAAUCAGAAGCUUUACUGAAAACUAAAGGAAGUGCAAAACGUUUCUUUAAAAAAAAAAAACAAAAUACAUGCAAAUAUUUUACAAAUAGCAAAAUGGAAAUUAUGGCAACUACCGCAAAUAAUCAUAAUCAAAAAGAAUUACGUUUGUAUGUGCCAAAUGAGCAGCAAACCGCAAAUUCCACAGCAUUAGCCAGUGGUGCUAGAUCUCCCUUUCAGCGAGAGGUGCGUGAAUGGCAGCGUAUUGAUCCGGAUACAGGUGCAUUGCUAACAGGACGUCUAGAAGCAGAUCGUUGGAUAAAUGGACCAUUAAAUAAAUAUGGCAAGAUAUCCGAUUCCCAAAAUAUCUCACAACCCAAUGGCACCCAACAGACACAACGCAAACAAUUAGAAGUAUUACAAACAUGCACUGCUGCUGGCGGAGCACUAAAAGUUAUACGACAAACAACAUCAUCACGCUGGUCAACGUCCUCGGCCUCAGCAUCACCAUUGCUAUUAUCGGCCAGCACAUCACCCAUACCACAGCCAAUAAACAGAAACCACAACAAACAUAGUUUCAAACAAAAAACACAUAAUUCCAACACUGCCAAUGCAAAAAACACCAGCACCACCUCCCCCUCCUCACCAUUUCUAGCCCCAACAUUAUUGACUAAUGGUUUUAAUCAUAAACCUCAUCAUCAACAGCAUCAUUUUGAUCAGUUGUUGCAGCCGCCACAGCAUAAGUUGCAACCACAACAAUACCCUCAUAGUUUAGUUAAUGGUAUUAGUAGUAGUCGUAAUAAAAAUUGGCCAGAUUUAACUGAAAAUAUGUCCACAUUGGAUAUUUGUGAUAAUGAUCAUGAUAAUGAGCAUGAUCAUGACAAUGAUUAUAUUGUACAGCACCAACCAUCAAGCGAUGAACAACAAAGUGAUGAUAAUGACAACGACAAUGAUCAUGAUGACGAUUCAUUAAAUGAAGAUAAUGAUCAUCAGUAUUUAUUGAAUAAACGUAAUAAUUUGAAAAAUGUUGACUACACCAAACGUCACUCAUUUACGGUAUUUGCAAAUAAUGAUCAUCAUCAUCAUCAUAAUAGUAAUAAUAAUGAUCAUGACUCACAUCAUCACCACAAACACAACAGCGAUCAUAAUUUAAGUCGUGAUAGUAGUAGUGGUAGUUGUAGUAAUAAUAAUCAAUUAUUUCUGUUGGAUACGGCGCCAAGUUUAAAGUUAAGUAAUCUAAUGAAAAGUAGUUCCAGCCUAUCGAAUAGUUCAAAUAAUUCCACGACUGCAUCUCAGGCAACAGCAAUGACAACAACCACAACAACAACAGCAAAUCCAACGUCAAUGAACACCCACAAGAGUAUGACAACAAACAAAAUAAGCCUACAUGCAAUUGUUGGCAGCAGCGGCAACAAUAACACAACAACAACAACAUCAUCGACACCAUCACCAACAACGACGACAACGACACGACCAUCUUGGCAGCAACCUACCUUAUAUAGACAAAACAGCCACAACAACAGUAACAACAGCAACAAUAUACAUUUAAUGAAAUCACGCGUAGGUGACAACACUAACAAUUGUUGUAGCAGCAGCAAUCACAGCAGUAGUAGUGAUGAAUCGCGUUCAUAUGCUGGCAAAACUGAAACAGAUCUUCGUCAUCUCCAGCAAGAGCAACAACAACAACAUCGUCAGUCGUCUCCCAAUCAACAUCAUCAGCUACAGCUACAGCAGCAACAGCAAAUACAUUUUAAACAAAACGAUAGAUUGACACCAACGCAUUUGCCACAUUCAUACCAUCGUGUCGAUUUGGAAAGUUUCCGGCAUUAUAAUAAUAACGACAACACAACAAAUAUUAACAACAACAGCAACUACAACAACAACGAUACUGAUGAUGAUGGCUUACGACUCUCUUCUCGUCAUCUGCGAAGACAACAAAUACCCAACGAAUCCUCAGUAAAUUCCCUACAACGAUCUCGCUCAAUUUCCACUGACGACUUAAGCACUGAGUGGGAUAUACAAGGUGUUGACAGCGAAGAACCGGCCGAGUGGCGUCGUGUCAGUAAACUAAGAAGAUCAUUCCAAUCAUCUACAAAAACCAAUCAGUCAUAUAAUUCGCCAAUAGCGACACGAAGACCACCACUCGAUUUGCCCACUAGCUCAGUGAGCGUAUCGAAAAUAAGAGCUGAAUUGGAAAACGGUCGCCGGCUAAAUACAGUCAUGCGUAAUAAUCAUGUAGAUUUGGCCGCCCUAAGUAGUAUAUUGAAUGGCAGUGCUGAUAAGGAAACCAAAUCACCACUAACACCCAAGCGCAGUUCGUUCCUAACGGCAGAAUCUCUAAAGGAGAUUAGGGGAAAACUAAAGAAAUUGUCAGAUGAGUCCUUGUACAAGGAGGACUUUCUACUCAAUCAACAAAUACAUAACGAUACAAAUCCCAUGGUGGAACAUAUUGUAAAUGAUCAAACGAAAAUUAAAAGAAAUUACGAAAAAAGUCCCGACAGAUAUAGAGUUACCAACAAAACCGAAGAGGUAAAUAAUAAACAUACCACCAAUAGUUUGGAAUCUAGAUUGAAAUAUAGGGAUACCAAUUCCACGGACUGGCAUAUAAGACGUAAAUCCUAUGGUUUUGAAAAAAUGUCACCUCCCGAAAAAGCCAUGCUUAGAAUGGAUGCCUCUACCGAUAGUGGUUUGGGAAGAUCAGGAGAGUUGCAGAAUUGGUCGCCCACUUCAGAAGCUGCCGCCGCAAAUCGCACAGUAGUGCAUUUUGGUGAAACUUCUAAGGUUACCACAGCAGCACCCACAGUGCAACGCCGCUAUAGGCCACAAAAAUCCUAUGAGGAAUCUGAACAGUCGCCUGAAGAGGAUUUGGCGGUGUCGAAAAGACAUUCCAUAGCGGUAGAUGAAAGUCAAUAUGUGCGCGACAAUUCCCGGCAAACUACUCAAGUACAUAUAAAUGGUUUCUAUGAGCCGGGAAAUUAUUCAAAACUAAUGCACACCAGUGAAUCGACCACCACCAACGAUAGGGGUCAACAGAAAAGAGUAGAGUUCAGCAAAACCGAAGUACAUUUUGCUACCGAAUCGGGCAGAGUUAAUAUAGUGGAGACGGAUAGUAAACCACCACCCACAAAUAACUUUCGCAGACGUAGAAGUCGCAGCUCUAGUGUAGGACCCCUACAAAGUUUAGUGAAAUCAGCCACUACUGUUUCUACAACGAACUCAGUUAGCACGACUUCCAACAGUUCUGCUAUACCUUCGGGUGUAGCUAUGCCUGUUACUCUGUUCGGAGAUGAUAAUUCUAAAAAGAAGACUAUUGCUUCCACCACUGUAGCUUAUCGAGCUCCUUUGGUGGGAUCUCCGGAACCUAAAGAUAAUGGAAUUAAUGUUACUGUUACCAUACCGACACACCAUCACGAAUCAUUUGCCUAUACCGAAAGUUCACGCAGUAGUUAUGCUUCUACUAGUGGUGUGGAUACCACCGAUUGUGAUACCGACGAAAUGACUUCUCUUAGAGGUAUUUUGAAAAAUAAACCCGCUAAGCCCAAGCCCUAUGUAUUAGGAGAAAAUAUAGAUAAACCCGAUGAUCUCUGGGGAGUGCAGUUAAAACCUGUGAGCAAUGCAACAAAAACUGAAAGAGUCUACAAAUCAGAAUCUCCUCCUUUGUUAAACUCUUUAACACAAAAGUCGGUAGCUGAACGCAUACAGGAACUAGGCUCGGCUGCCUCUACACAAACGAAUGGCUUUUCCACGAAAAUCAAUGUUAGUCUGGGUAGUAACUCGGCAGCUCCCAAUAAUUGGGAAGAAACUGGUCUAAUAACAACCACAAAACGCAGAUCCAAUGUGCAAGAACUACUAAUGCACGAUUUGAAAGAACAUCAGAAAAUAUUGGAUGAGGGUUUAAAAUCGACCACCCUGAUUAUCAAAACAAUGCGAUCGGCCACAGAAUUCGAUGAGGCCAUGAGACGUUUGAGUAUGGCUUCCGUAGAAACAGCUGUAGUCAAACCCACGCCCAUGUUGAGAUCAAAUAGUUAUCAGGAAUCCACACAGUCGUUUGACUACAUGCAGCCAGAUGUUUUAGAUAUGAAAAAUCUAUAUAAAUCUACUAGUUAUUCCUCUACUUCAUCAUGGUCUUCCAUGGCCUCCUCACGCAAAUAUUCACAAGAUUCGCGUAAAACUUCCACAGAUUCGGGUGCCUCAUUUCCGCGCAAAGAUUCUAUGCCUCGCUUAAGUUUUCUAGGCAACGAACAGAUGCCGGUGAGUCAGCAAUUGCAACGUUUAAGAUUGAUUUAUGAUGCUGCCACCAUAUCCCAAGAUGAAGAUAGUGCUGAUGAAGAGGUUAAGAGCUAUUUUAAGGAACAAGUUGAUAGUGAUAGUGGUGGUGGUACCCAGGAUAGCUCUUCGUAUGAAGAUGAUCAGGGCUUGGAACAUUCCAACAGUUGGAGUCGUUUAAAGGCUAGAAAAACUAUAUGGAAAAUCGAUACGGAUAAUGGUGUGGAAAGAAGUUUAAAGAAAACAUUGGAUAAAACAGAUCUUCCUAAAUCGAAUGUAAUGAGCAUUAAACUUCACUCACCACAAACCGCCAAUGAAGUGCAGCCAUCUUUAAAAGUGGUGCCUCCCAAAGCCAAGCCCAGAACCGUUACAAAUAUACAAGAAUCUCAGCCGCCCAAACUACAUACCGCCACUACCGUGAAACAGCCUUCUCCUUUCCAAACCAGUCUGCCCACAAAGGACUCUCUAAAAAUCAUUAAAGAAGCCCGCGGAGCCCGUCAACUACGAGAACAUGAAUUAUCCUAUUUUGGGGUACCCCAAUCGACAUCGGAAGACGAAAAACCCAAAUCGAAAUAUACAUCAAAUUCAAAUUUUAGAAAUUCGCCAAAACGUUCUCUGCCCUUAAGGAAACUAAGUGAAGAAAGCUCCAUUUCUUUGGAGUCAGCACAAAGAGAACAAUGGCAUUUGGAAAAUGAUAAACCAGAUCUAUUAAAACACAAUCCCAUUGAAUUGAAACCAGCCGAACGUAAAAGUUUGAAAAAGAAAGCCGAACUUGAUGAGGACGAGGAGCAUUUAUACGAGAAUAUUGCCAACGAUAUAACGCCCGUGUUUAAGGUUAAAGCAGGCACACCUCCAGAACAAUAUGAUCGUAAAAUGGAUUUGAAAAGAGAUGCCAUGAUUUUGAGUGAAAUGAAUAAAACUGCCGAUCAAACUUUAAGGGAAAUCUCCGAUGAGGCUGCCCUAAAGGAUCGGCGACGUCGUUCUCUACAGCGACGUAAUUCCAAGCCACUCGAAACUAUAGAUGAAAAAUCCAUAGCCGAGAGAAUAAAUGACACCUGCAUAGCGGUGAAAAUAUCUCGAGGCACUUAUUCUUCAGAAGCCAAGAAAUCGUCUCGCCACUCUACUCCCUCUCCCACCACCAUUAAGGCGGCACCCAGGGAACGUACUUCUUCUCAGUCAUCCGUUGAAUGUUGUCCACGUGCUAGAUCUCGUUCUUUGUCCAGUGAGAAAGAAUAUGAUAAUGCUAAAGCCAAACCUUCUAGAACCACACAAAUGGUUAAGCAUAAACCACAAAAGCCUUCACAAAGUCGUUCUAGUUCGCUGGACUCACAACGGUCGGCUCAUUCACAAUAUUCUUCGGGUGAGGAACAGCAGCCCACACGAACUGCUGGUAGUUUUAGGCGAGAAGAUCGUUCUCGCACAAAAACUAAACGUAUUACUAGUUCGGCUUCUACUAAUACACGAGACAAAGCUGUAAAGCAAACGUCUCAACAUCAACACCAACAUCAUGGUGAUUCAAAGCGUUUAUCAAGUACCACGCAUUCUUCGACACACAGAGGAGAACGCGUUGAGUGCAAACACGAUAAUGCUAAUGGAUCGUCGUCUACGACCCAACCUCACAGACAUCACAGCAGCUCUACCGGACUUCAGCGUUCUACCGCUGCCUCAAGCAGUGGUCGUCGUCAGCGAGAGGAUGUUAGAGAUUCUCAAAGAAUCAAACGUUCUUCGGCUACUGCUUCGGGCCGUUCGACCACUGAACGUCAUGAUAAACAUGAUCAGUCGUCCAGUAAACAUGCUGCUAUACGUUCUGUACGCGAUGAUGAAAGAAACAGUUCACAGCGUUCGUCGUCACAUCGUUUGGAGCGUGGCGAUAAGGAUAAAGAGAAAUCAUCACGAUCGACAAAGGGUCACUCCAGUCGUUCGACAUCCCAUCAUCACCAUGAACGAUCAACGAAUCCAGACAAACAUACCAGCAUCACAAAAGAUUCGAAAACGAAGUCAGCAAAUACUGAAAAUACGACCUCUAGUAAAAAUGCCCCACACCAUCAUCAGCAGUCACAUCAUCGCUCCAAGGAGCGUCAAGAACGUCAGCAUCAUCAUAAAUCCAAACGAGACGAAGAUCAAACAGAACAUGUCCAUGGUUUAAAAUCGGCCAUUAUUAAGACCACAACGAAAUUACGUGAUAAAUCACGCAGCAGAAGAGAAAAGAAAUGAAAUUAAAAGAAUUUAAACAAAUUAACUUUUAACUAACUAAUCAAACGAUUUUAAUUAUUAUUUAUUUCAAACGAUACGAUAUUAAAAUUUUAAGCAGUUCCUGGUUAUCUGCCUUCCCUUUUAUAUAAACUUUAUAAUUUAUUAUUUAACUAUUUAAAUCUAACUCGCACUUAUGACUUUGAAAAGUUGCAUUCAGCUGUAAUCCAGUAUUGUCAGCUGUAGUUAAACUUUUCCCCCCAAAAACAAGUAUUAAUUCAUUAAUUAACUUACUUUUUUUCAUUAGAAUUAUUAACUUUAUAUGAUACUCAUACGAUAUUAUUUUUAUUUUAUUAUAAAUUUUAAGUUUUAAACAAAAUUUAUGUUGUUUUUUUAAUGUGUGUGUUUUAGUUUUCUCGAGAAAUUAUUAUAAUUUUUUUGUCUUAAAGUUUUUUAGUGUGUUAUGGUUUCAUAUACAUAAAAUGGUAAUUAAAUUAAGUAAAAUUUUGUGUUAUUUUUCUGUAAUUUAUUUAAUAAAUAUUAAUAAUAAUAAAAAAAACCUACAAAAAUUGAGAGAAAAUAUUAAAAAAAAACACAA